CGAAUCCCCUUAAAUAAGUAUCUAGCUAGUUCUAGCCUUCGAGGCAUUUUGUUCCAUCUAUAAGUUAUAAGCACAAAAUAUCAUAAGUAUUCUCAAAACAUUGUACGGUCAUUAUAAGUGAUUAUCUUAUUUUAUUUUGUUGUAAUAGUACAUACUUUUAAAUCAAAAAUAGAAUGAAAAAAAAUAGAAUAUUGGUGCAAUUCUAUUUUAAACUUCACGAGUCGCUAUGUUGAUAAAAUGUUAUUUACAGUCUUUAACAAGAGAUAGUAAUAAAUAAUAUUGCACUGUGUUGGGAGGUUCUUGUUAAUUAGUUGAAACUUCUUAUUAGUCUUUCGCCGUCUUUAAAUUUGUUGAUGAUUGGUAAAUGAUUACUGCCAGUUUGGAUUAAGUGCUUUGGUGAAACCUAACCGAUUUGACGCGAGAUUUUCGUUCACCACAAUUGUAAACAGUAGACACAUCUUACAUCCGUGGUCGGUGGUUACUAAUUCGCAUUAUGAUGAACGUAGAAACUUGUAACAAUUGUUAAUAAGGAUUAAGAAAUUCGGUAAACCGGGAUCAGCUCAAGAUGAAACUCUACCUGGAUGAAACGUGUCGAGUGAACUUCCCAGGCGAUGCCAUUAACGGUAUACUCUGCGUACGAGAUUGCCUUGAUUUCAGUCUUGAGCCAAAGAUAAAGGUCACUGGAUUCACGUGUAUAUGGAAAGUGGGUGUCGCAAACACUGUGGGGACCACUGGUGAAACCGAAGAAUACUCGGUGUUCUUUAAUGGGAUGGCAGUGCUACGUAAAGAAGAUGACACACUUGUGGAUAAUCCGUCACUGAUCAACGAAUUAGAAGGUUAUUCCAAAAUAUUUAAGUUCCACAUUGUCUUGCCGAACAAUUUGCCACCAUCACAUGAAGUCCCAUUUGGUCACACAAGGUAUAAACUAGAAGCUCAAUAUAACGGCUUAACAACUUUGGACUAUUUUAGUGUGAACCAAUGGGUUAGUUUAAAAAAACGUAAUGAUGCUACCGUUAAACGUGCAACAUUCUCUGUGCCAUUCUACGCGUUUUGUCAAUCAAUUGAAAUGAUAUUAAAUUUAAACCAGUCAUAUUAUUUACCAGGUGAAACUGUUCAUGUAAUAGCUAUGAUACAAAACAAUUCCAGGACUGAUAUAAUUUUCUCUAAAAUACUCAUUGUUCAGAUUACAAAGUACUGGAAGACUCAUCAUUUAUUAUCAAUGAAACAUGUCAGAGUAAUUUCAGAAGGAAUACGAGGAUAUAUAUCUAGUGGAAAUAAACAAAUAUGGGAUAGUCACCCUUUUAAUUUACCAGCAAUUAUUCCGACUACGAAUACAUCCGACAAUCCUUUUAACUAUUUUGAAGUCAAGUAUAAAAUUAAGAUGCUUAUUAAAUUGAAAAACUCAAAUAAGAAAAUAGUGUUGAAACAAAAUCUAUUUAUUGGUAAUUGGGAUAAAAGUAUCGCUACCAACGGGAAACGGUUUAUAGAUAUACUGCAAAGUAAUUGCUCGACUUAUGAGGUCGGAGUUAAAGAUUGUUCUCUUAUUAAAGCGGAAAACAAUGACAUAGAUUUUGUACCAAAGUAUAUGAUUUAUGAGAAAAGACAAGAAUAAGAUAAAGUAAAUUUGUUAAAUAUAUUGUAUAUUAUUUAUAAUAGAAGGACACUAUUAUGUCAACGCAAAUUUUUACAUUAAUAUUGUUAUAGAAAAAUAAAUAAAGAUUACUUUUUUCUCUCGUAUUUCCAUUUAUAAAUUGGUGCUGCAUCUUUUG